AUGUCAAACAUCUGGGUGAGUCCUAUCCUCAUUUCACUAAUUGAGGGGACUCCGGUUCAGGAUGAAUCAGGCAUAAGUUAUGUGCGAGAAAAUGCAUCAGAAAUAGCCGGUCAAAUUAGAAUGAUGUCUGAUAAUGGCUUGGAUGCAGUAGCUAUUCAGUUGCUUGAUUGGUGCCUCAAGUAUCCCCCUUUACAGAGCAAUGUCGACAUCAUCUCUAAUUUGUUGUUUGUCUUUAAUAAGUUAGGACGUAGCGAAGAGUUCCAUAGACAUUGCUGCCAGCUUCCAUGCUGCCUGGCCAGAGAUGUCAUCAAAACUAUGGAGAGGCUAUCCUUUCAGGCUCCGAUAUUGAGGAUUGCUUCUGAGAUAUUUCUAUUGCAGGAUUUACUCACAUCCACCAAUCAUUGUUGCACUAAGGAACUGUUGCUAUGCUGGCUUCGCAUUCAAAGUGACGACGACGACAUGACGCAAGAGCUGAUGCUGGAAAACAUCAACAAGAUGGUAGGCGUAGUGGAAGAGUUCGACACACUCUGCAUAUUCGUCGAGACAAUUUACGAUCAGUUCACCAAUCAGUUCCUCCCGCUUUGCACUGAGCUUUCUCUGAGAAUUUUCCACCAACAAAAACAAUCGUCAUCUUCGUCCUUUCCGUCAUCGUCUCCAUCGCCGUACGUUGGGAGUGCCGCAGCUCUGAAGCUGGUCCGAAUCGUCGAGAUUGUCGCUAAACUUUUUAGAAAUUUUACACCCCUGUUAUCCGAGUGCUUGCUGACUUCACUGACUCUGGAUCCGACACUUUUGCAUUAUCUUGAGGCUCUCAAUUUCUUCCAAGGCAGAUCAGCUGGAAUUCCUAAUUCUGCAUGCAAGAUGUUGCCUGUCGAUAUCAAGGUAUACAACAGCGUAUUGCAGACAGUGGCUCAGUUGAGACCUGUGACAGUAGACAGACAGCAGCCAUGGUCUGCUAUAAGGAGCAUUAUCGUUCAACACCUCGUUCAAUACGGGUACACACUCAACCAAUCAGGCGAUGCAUUCAUACGUGUCCCAGUUUCUCACAUAAACGUUGAUGACCUAUUUAAACGCCUGGUAGCCAGGGAGGAACAAGAGGCCACAAUAAUCUCAACCACGGCUGCCAAUCCAACCAAUCAGAUUACAAAGUCAGCAUCCGGAGCUGGAGCCUCUAAGAAACUGACCAAUGGGAGUAAAGGAAACAAGAAGGUCAGCAAGGUGGGCACCAAUAGCACCGUCACGACGACUGCGGCCACAAUUUCUUCCUCACCCACCAUUAGUGUUUCUGCUUCUUCAGGGUCGGCCCCAGGUCAUAUGAUCAGUAGCAUCAAUAACAUCAAUACUCUAGUUGGCAAUGUCAUUAGCGUACCCCUCAAUAGCGGCAACAAUUCUAACAACAAUAACAUCAGUAGCACUAACAAUAGUAAUAGUAGUAAUAAUAAUAAUCUUUUGGGUAUUUCUGCAGACCCGACCAACGUUAUCAUAGUCAGUGACUCGAACAUCAUCCUCACAAACAACCUCCUCUCUAAUUUAGUAUCCAAUUUCACUUACCACCUGCCAAUUGAGAGCAGCGGUUUUCCACAGCAGCAGCAACAACAACAACAGUUGCAGCAACACCAACAGUUGCAGCAGCAACAACAACUGCUGCAGCAACAACAAUUAUUACAACAACAGCAGCAGCAACAGCAACAAUUGCUGCAACAACAACAGCAACAACAACAACAACAGCAGCAAGUAAUAAAUAACCAAGUCAUCAUUUCAGAGAAUCCAGUUAAAGUUAGCGAAGGAAUUUACAGAGAGAUCGUCUACCCACUCUCUCAAUCCUUUGUCAACAUCAACAACAACAUGAAAAACUUCAAAAUAAUGACGUCAUCGACCACGUCGUCAUCCACUCCACCACCUCUGAUAAUGACCCCGCCGACCUCUUUUCUGUCAUCGCCAUCUUCAUCGUCGUCAUCCUCAUCGACAGCCAUUGUAGACAGAACCAAGCAGACAGCUAUCGUAAGCAUUGACAAGUUGAUCAUUAAUCGAGAUAAAACUACUGACCACAAGAGUAGCGGAGUGGCCCCCGGCGGCCAGGGAUGUACCAAUGUGAUGAUUAAUGUUUUGGGUGAUAGCUCCUCAAACGUCAGUAAAAUCAGCAACAUUAAUGACAUUAAUAACGCGGAUAACAACAAUACAAGCACUACUGCAACUACUAUUACCGUUGCAUGCACAAAUUCUGGUGGUAGUAAUACGGUGGUUAGUGCCGCUACUACUGCUACUACAGUUAAUAGAGUUACUGCUUUGGUUAACACUACUACUAAUUCUGAAAACAGCAACAACAAAAAUAGUAAUAACAACAGCAACAAUAAUAAUAACGGUAGUAAUAAUUCUUUGGUUGUUUCACACCACAGAGUUGCGUUGAGUCGAAGAAGGUCGUCAUUCUCAUCGUCGAAUCCAGCUGAUAAUGUCGGCAUUGUAUACGAUGACGACGACGACGACGAGGAUGACCGUGAUGAUGGUAGUGAUAAAAAUAAUAAAAAUAAUAAUAACAGUGGUAAUAUUGAUGUUCCUAUAUCUAAAAGGCUAAGAAAUAAAUCUAUAUCAGCUACUACUACUACUACUGCUACUGAGGCUGAUGACGCCGCAGCUGAUGCCACUGCUACUAAUACCACCGUUACUACUACUACUGCUCUUACUGCUAGCGAUGGCAGUAUAACGGAUACUGAAAAUCAAAUUAUAUUUGGCCCAAGGAGAGGAAGGAAGUGCUCGAAAUUAAAUGGCUCCCUCGUGGGGUCGUCUGACCCGAAUAACAAUAACAAUGAAACCAUUGUAAGUGUCGUGAUUGACGACGACGAUGACGAUGACGGCGAUUGUGAAAUAGAUGAGAGAGGCUCACUCGGCAGCCCGGCUAAGAUGAAGAAGCUUGAAAGCGAUGCAGGCACUACCCCAGAUACUGCUGCUGCUGCUGCUGCUGCCAGCGUUACUACAAAUGUUAACGUUGGCAGCAGGGUUGGCGGUUCUAGAAGGGAGAAGAAUAAAAAUCGCAAAGGACUUCGACCAUGGUUGAGGAACCAUCAGAUAGCUUGUCGCAAAAGAUUCGGGGAACAGGUCAACAUGAAUGAACUUUAUUUAGGCGGUUCUGGCGCCACGAGCGAGGAUAGCAAUUACGGAAGCCAGGAGAAGACUCCUAAGAAAGCUGUGGAUGAACCAGUCAAGUUGACCAAAUGUUUUGUCAGUCUGCCUAAACUUCCCCAAGAAAGCAGUAUCGAGAAGAGGGUACUCCGCAAACGUAAAGAUUCAGCCAGAGAUGCACCGAUUGGCGCCAGUUUAACCGGCGCAACACCCGUCACUGCAGUGGUCACUGCCACUGUGCAGCCCUUGAGGAAAUCAAACCGAACUUAUAACAGGGCUAGCAAGUCGAAUCAGAUGCUGCUGUUUGAUGGCCAGCAACAACAACAACAUCAACAAAUUCAACAACAACAGCAACAGUUAUUAGAUUUGAAUGAUUCUCAGAUCAAGCCGUGUGUUUGUGACGGCUGUGGUGAGGUUGUUCCAGACUGCUCCUGGCUGACUGCUCACAUCGUCGUCUGCCCGGGCAUGACAGGGGGCUGCCUCGGUGACGACCCUGACGAAGAGGACAUGAUGGUGGGUGAGGAGAACAACAACAACUCAAAUUCAGACAACAGUGCAAGUGUCGUCAAUGAUAGUGGCGUUUGUAACGAUGCCAACACUGCUGAUAGCAUUCAAAACAGCAGUAGAAUGAGCAUGAGCAGUAGUAGUGUAGAGUUGGGGGUGUGUCCAGGUGCAGCAGAGAUGACUCAGUGGGCAGCGUCGGCACCAUCGUCCUCAUCUUCACAACACAUCAAAGUGGAGAAUACAGAGGAUAAGCAGAUCACGCAUCUCUUCAUACAGCAGCCAAGGAAUCAGUUAUCUACUCUUAACAAUAAUUUCAACAAUGUCAAUAUCAGCUAUCCAAGCAACAGCAUCACUGUCACUCAAUCGCCUGUGGAAUAUCUUAAAAAUUUCAUACUACAACAGCAGCAGCAGCAAAGAUCUGCAUUUUCAUUGGACAAGAACCGGACCAUCGGCAACCAAUCGUCAGCGUUUGGUCGAGAACUGCUCCUCAACGACGUGAACAUCUUCGAGUUUGUGACCUUUCGAUGCGACAGAUGCCACGUCACGUUCUACAGUGAAGAGUCCUUCAUAGGCCACGCGAAGGCCUGCCAGGAUGGACAGCACAGCAGACACACAAUGUCUGCCGUCUACGCCUGCCUCAAAUGCGGUCUGCACUUCCAAGAGCAGACAUCUGCCUGGUUCCACUGCAAGUACACCUGUACUAAUAGCACUAACGGCAGUGCGAAUGAUAAUUGUAAGGACGAGAACACCGAUUUACACAUAAAAGACACACAUGAUGAAGCUAGUAAUGGCGGGAAAAAAGAAUUUGUGGGUGAAGAUAGUAAAAAAGGUGGAGUUGAAAUUCUAAGUAGAGCUGGAAAUAACAUUAUCAAAGGUAACAACACUGACGCAACGAAAACCACAAGAGCUCCAGCUAGCAGGUGUUGGGUUUGCGGAAAAAUGUUUCACUCAGAUCUAUUUCUCGUCAGACACAUGCUCUGUAAGCACACCGACCACAGCAACCACAAUGGCGACAAUGCUAGUGGUGUUGCUCGUGUCAAUGAUGGCCUCAGUGGAGAUGUCAAACAGCAUCACCCGCAUCUUCUGCACCAGCAGCAGCAGCAACAACAACAACAUCUUAGUCAUCAGCUACUACAUCUGAAAAAACAUUCAGAAGAGCAGCAUGUGAAGCGUGAAGAAGAACAACAACAGCAGCAGCAACAACAUCAGUUGCAAUAUGAUUUAUCAAAAUACGCGCAAAGUUAUAAUGUGCUACAAACAAUGAACAACAACAUUACUGAUAACAAUGCCAACAACAACAACAACAGCCUAGCUAACCAGUAUAGCAUAUUGAACAAUUUUCUUGGCCAAACAAUGAGCAGCAGUGAUUUGAUCAUGAGCAACAGCAGCAGCAACAACAACAACAACAAUGGUAAUGUGUUGUUGUUGAAUCCAUCGCUGCAGACCCUAUCGACGAUUGAUGCUUCACAGCUUUCUUCAGAAUACUUCCCAAGGAAUGACCUCUACCAGGCAGCAUGCACUCUCAACAACAACAGUAACAACAACAACUCUAAUCCACUUAUGUUUGCAAACAUGGACCAGCAGCAACAACAACAACAGCAAGAUAGAAAACCACAAUUCACGACAAUAUCAACAACGUCUUUAGUUGAUAACUCAGAUUUCUACAACAUUCAACAACAACAUCAGCAGCAACAACAACAACAACAAUCACAACAGCAACAACGUAAACAAAACGACCAGCAACAGUCAAUAAAAUCAUCAAAAAACAGUCACAAACCAGAGGCAAAGGCGUCUAAAAACACGGACGCUAAAACCCCGACCGAUAACAACAACGGUGACAACAACAACAACAACCCUUAUUUGAAACGCCCUUCAAAGGGCAUAAUGUACAAGAAUGUCUACAUGCAGUGCAUCGUCAACUAUCACUGCUCUCACUGUAUGACUGAUCUUAGUACGAAACAGCUAAAGAAGGAUCACAGGAAAUUUAGUUACACUCGCCAGUACUCCUAUCUCUGUCCUUACUGUGGCGAGAAGUUUCCAACGCAGAAGCUCUGUCGCCAGCACCAACUGACCAUCUGCUUGAUUAUCAUGGGCGUCAAGACAGAGGAACUCAACUACAAGCAACACAACUGCCCAAUCUGCAACAAGAAAUAUUUCAACGUCAUCACUCUGAAGGGUCACAUGACUCUGGCGCACAAAUCAGACAACAUGGACAUCAACUACGACCUGGGCACUACGGCAACUGGUAGCAGUGCGUCAGGCAGCUUGCAGUCUAAUGCGGUUUCGUUCAACGAGCUCGAAGAUGGGGCGGCAGUCGAAAGCGUGAACAAUCGCUACUCGCAUCAGAUUCACAUCAGUCCGAUGGUUCCCAUUCCCGACUUGAAGAACGGCCCUCUCUUGAAUCCGGCAGAAAUCGCUCCGUACUUGGAGAGGCUAGAGACAGAGGAGGGGAGGAAGAGUUUCAGAUUGGAAAAUAUGAGAGCUCGUGGUCGGAAGAGAGCUAGGAAUGGAAAGUCUAGAAAUGUUUCUGUCAGCAGCAGCAGCUGCAACAACAACAACAACAGCGUCAACGUCGUCGUUAGCAGUAGUGGCGGCAGUGUUAAUGUUGUUGCGGGACUGAUUGAAGCAACAGCCACUGCAGUCGCGCCACACACGCCCAGCAUCAUCACCUCCUCAACCGCAAAUCCCUGCUCCAGUGUCAACGCAAUGACGUCACUUGUUCUCCUCCCGCCAUCUUCCACCCUCAUGCCGACGAGGACCUUAAGGAGCAACCCGAAGACCUCCAGAUUCCACACGGAUAAGGAUUUCCUGACUGGAGAAGAUCUGGAUGUCUUUGUACCGAAAAUGGCGAAAUCAAACGCGCCAAAAUCCGAUCGUCUUACCAGGUCAUCCUCCAGGGGGGGUGUAGGCUCCUCGAAUGGUACGUUCUGUGAAGAUGACGACGAGGACGAUGAUGAGGCUGAUGAGGGGGACUCGGACGCCACGGACGACCUGACCGUCGACGAGAGCAAGAUGCUGGAAGACGAAGACGAGGAGGAGGAGGAUGAGGAAGAAGAGGUGAGGAGGAACGCUCGCAAGGUCAAGGCCGGGGCUUAUGAUCAGGAGGGCGGCCGGAGGAAAAUUCUGAAGGUCUCGCACGACAGCAACAACAGAAUCGGCAGUGAAGCGGCAGACGUAGCCACAUCAUCCACAUCUUCAUCAUCAGCAGCAGCAGCAACAUCGUCGUCGCCAUCCAGGCAAAAUAUUUUUGAAAAAAUUAAAUUAAAAAAAUCAUCCGACCCUAACUCUGUCUUUGGCCAGACCUACAAUAAGCCACCGAAGAAAGAUAACCUGGACCCCUCCAACAAUAACAACAAUAAUAAUAAUAAUAACGAUAUCGACAAUGACACUAAUUCACUAAUAGCAUCACAGGCGGAUAGCGACCUUGACCACAAGGAUGUUAAUGUCAUCGAUCAUAAGAAGAGGACCAUCUUAAAGAAGUUGAGCACCAGUCUCUUGCUAGGCAACAAAAGAUACACCGCCACUCCCACCGCCACUACUACUACUAAUAAUAAUACUUCUGCUGCUGCUGCUGCUGCUGUUGCUGCUACUACAACAGCCAGUAGCCGGCACAAUCAUUGUUGA